AGCUAUGUCCUCGGCAAGCUGAAGCCAGUUCAGACCUCACAACGACCACCAGCUCCUCCGACAUAUUCGGCUGAAAAUAUUACUGUAUUUAUUCCGAUUAUCUCAGUGACUAGACCACCCGCCCUCGAACGCAAUGCCUGUAGGAAUUGAAGCAUGGGUUACCCAGAUACCCCCCGUGACGAGAGCAUGGCUUGCGCUGUCGGUGCUCACGAGUGUAGCUGUUCAAUGCCAGGUCGUGACGCCGCUGCAGCUCUACGUUAGCUACAAGGCUGCGUUCACGAACAUGCAGCUUUGGCGGGUGUUCACAAAUUUCUUCUACUUUGGUUCACUCUCGCUAGAUUUCGUGUUCCACAUGUUCUUCUUCAUGCGGUAUAGCAGGAUGCUAGAAGAGUCAUCAUUUGCAAACCGCAAGGCGGAGUACGUCUGGCUGUUGAUUCAAUCCGCCGUGAUGUUACUUGCUCUGUCACCGCUAGUGAACCUUCCCUUCCUCUCCUCGCCGCUCGCUUUCGUUCCCAUCUACCUCUGGUCACGAAGACAUCCAGCGACGCCCAUCUCGCUCUUUGGCCUAAUAACAAUUACGGCUCCAUACCUACCCCUCGCUCUCGUCGGUCUUGCGUGGAUUUUGAACGGCACUUGGCGCGCAGCGGCUGGAGAUUUGGUGGGGUGCGCGGUCGGUCAUGUCGGCUGGUUCUUGAGGGAUGUCUGGACUCGGGAGAUGGUCGGUGGUCCGACGUGGUUCAGCGAGGCGCCUGACGUUUUGAAGCGGCUGUUUGGAGAGCUAUGA